CUUUUAGUUCAGGGCUCCACGUAUUUGAUAGGUAUCUUUCGUUUACUGGGGCCAUCAGUCUAAAGAGUCUACAGAACGAAUCUCUGGUCAUCAUUCUGGACAUAGCGAAUCACUCAUGGAAAAACGAGAAAGAAGGAAGCUACUCAUCUGAUAACAACUGUGGGCCACAUUCAUCCUUAAAGCAGCCACCAUUGAAGAGAGGCCAGCUGAGACUUGUAUCCAUCCCAGAAUCCUUUGGCAGUCGGAAAUAUGUAAGGAUUAUAGACAGGGAAGGCUGGAAAUGGCAGAAUUUCUCUAAAGUACCUGGAUGUGUGCAGUCUUUCUUGUGACAGCAGACAUUUCAGGUAAAAUCCUUCCCAUACCACAGCAAGAAACGGGGGCUUGCAAUGAAUGGCCUGACAGAACUAAAUCUCUCUCUCCUUGAGGGGGACUACUCUGAGUUGUAUGAUUUAUUAAAUGUCUCAGACUACGUUAAGAACCAGACCUUCGUGCUGGAUCGCGGGACUGUGACCUGCGAAGGGGCGGGCUGGUCCCGGAUGGUGGACACCGGCGUGUGCGCGUUCUACGUGCUUGUCUUCCUGCUCGCCAUCCCCGGUAACUGCAUCGUGGGGCUGGUCAUCAGCUCCGGAAAGCGGCCCCUCUUGCCCUUCGAGCUCUUCCUGAUCCACCUGGCGGCGGCCGACGGCCUGCUGGCCCUGACCCUGCCCUUCUGGGCCGCGGCGGCCGUGAUGGGCUGGGUGUUCGGCGACUCCAUGUGCAAGCUGGUCAGCCUGGUCCAGGAGGCCACCUUCUACAGCAGCAUCCUGUUCCUGGCCUGCAUCAGCGCGGACCGCUACCAGGUCAUCGUGCACGCGGUGGAGGCCAGGAACGAACGCCGGCAGGGCCGCUGCUGGGCCGCGUGCGCCGCCGUCUGGGCCCUGGGGGGCGCCCUCUCGCUCCCCACCCUCUUCAACAACUCCUUCCAGCCCCACGGCUCGGAGCGGGCGGUGUGCACAGAGUACUACGACCCCGGCAGCGCUGAGUGGUGGCGCCUGGCCACGCGCGUGCUGAGGCACUUCCUGGGCUUCCUGCUGCCGCUGGCCUUCAUGCUGGCCUGCUACGGCCUGACGGUGGCCCACCUGCUCCACACGAAGGGCUCCCAGAAGCAGAGGGCCACGCGGAUGAUCGCGGCGGUGCUGGCCGCCUUCCUGGUCUGCUGGGCCCCGUACCACCUGUCGCUGAUGGCCGACACGCUGCUGCGGGCGGGGCUCGUGCCCUACCAGUGCGCGGCUCGGACCUCCGUGUACGUGGCCCUGUUCUCCUCGCAGUGCGUCGGGCUCCUGCACUGCUGCGUCAACCCCUUCCUCUACGCCUUCGUCGGGCAGAAGUUCCGGAGGAACCUGCGGCGUCUGCUCGAGAGAUGGCGGGUCCUGGAGCGUGCCAGGCCGCCCCAGAGUGGCCAGCCUGCCUCUCAGUCAUCAGAAAACACCUCUACCUUCUUGUGAGCGACCGGGAGAUCGCCCGCCAGUGCCAUUUCCAAUUGGCUGCCAAAUGAGGUGCAGCAAUUACAUUAGUCUCACAACAUCUGUGCAGCCCCAAUCAAAAUGGGCUUCUAGUUUUACGUACAUAUGAAUAAUAAUUCGUUUUUUAGAAGAACUGAAUUAUAGCUGGCUGAGAAGGCUGCAAUAUUACAGCACAAACACCACUGCAGAAGAGAAUGUGUAAUGUAUUCGAACUGUGAUGAAUAGCAACACAUUUUUAUUGUUGGUUAAAUUGUUGGUUAAAAAGCUGUGAUAUUUUCUGUGAUUGAAAUACACACAUAAUUUUCAUAUACUGUAUAUCAAGAUAAAGAAUCAAAUAAUGAGAUGGAAUUACUACUGUUCAGAAAGAAAUUCUGAUUUCAGUGAAAAAGGUUUCAUUUGCGUUCCUAUUACGAGAAUGGUGAGUCAUAUGGUAUUUUACUGCCAUCAUGUGGCUGGUACCUGGCAGUGUAUUUUUUUACUAUGUAAAUAGAGAAAGGUGUGAUGUCAUGCUAGCGGUCUGGAGAAAUAUUUGGGUUAUUUAUUUGCAUGUAUUUCAGUCCUCCAUCAGUAAGGAUGCCACAAUAAAUGAGAACAACUGAGAACACAUUUUUUUUCUGUGAAGUGUUCGGAAAUUUAGAUUUAAAACGAGAAAUGUGCUUUGUGCCAUUUAAAAAAAAAAAAAAAAACUAUUACGGCGGAAAUAGUAAAACGUUGUUUCCAGUAGGGGCACACUAAUAAAAACAUGGGUCCCUUGAAUCUCACGCACUUUACAAAAGGAUAAGGGUCCAAUGAUCUGUAUUUUGUGGUAAAAAUGAAUUAAUUGUCAGUUGGUCUCAUGAUUCAUAAAAAGAUGCACUUCUCUUAUCAGUAACAUGAUCCAUUGAGUAUAGCCUUCCAUGUUAAAUGGGGAAAUAUUGCUUCAGUUUUGAUCCAAAGAUGUAUGAGAAUUUUCUUUAAUGUACUGUCUGUAAGUUUAAAGUGAAAGUCCUCAUAAAGUCUGAAAUAGGAUCAAAGUUUUUGCAUAAGUUCUGAUGCAUUGUUUUUGACCUGUAUAGCAACUAAGAAACACAAAACAUAAAACAAGGGUAAAAUGGACCAAAAGUACAUAAGUCCAUAACUUUGGACAGCCUUGGCCUGGAAGUGCCAAAGAACAAGUUACAGGAAGGAAUACAAUGUAAGAGAAUCAAUUUGUGAUUUUGCCAUUUGUUUUGUGUUCUUGAAUACAGGUGUUCUUCGUUUUGUAAUAUAUUUGUUUUUAGCUUUGUUUAUGAUAUUUUGGACUUCAGGGCCACUGUUAAAAUAAAAAUAAAAUUAAUACUUCUUCCAAACCAAACAAAACCUGUUCACAUUGAACAGUUAUCAUGCAUGUAAUUUAAUUGGUGAGUCAAGCAUUGCUGGCCAAAAAGCAUAUUGCCUCAUAAGCAGGAAUUAAAAUAAAUACACAAAAAUA